AUGAGAGCCAUUAGAGAACGUCAGAAGCGUCGCCAUGUCUAUACUAAGUUCCCGAGUAUUGAUCAACAGCUCAAAGCUCAAAGAACGCAUUCUUUCUGCUGGCCGGGAAACAAUCCGUACCUUACGAAUCUAAAGCGGGGACGCACGACAAAGAGAUCAAAGGCACAAAAACAUCCAAAAAGGGCGCGAGCUCCCAGUCCCAAUGAACUCCCAGCAACUAACAAUGCUGCGGCUGAAGGACGAGUCAGCACUUCUAAGGCCGAGAGUCCAUCCGCGGCUCUGGAACCUUCUAGGCCGGGUAGUGAAAGCCAGGCCGAUGGAGAAGGGGCGAAGGAAACUGAAAGCCGGAGCCUGAAAAUGCAGCAAGGAUCUCCUCAACCCACCGAAGAAUAUCUGCAAGAAGCGUCCGGAACGAAGCCUGAAGCGAUAGCUGACGUCAGGAGAACCUGUGCCGCCGAGGCGCCUCGCGAUCAAGAGCAUUCACCCGCGGAAGUCGUCCUGCCUGUCGAAGCCGUCGAAGCCGUCAAAACCCAGGCGAAGGCCGGGCUGGAUGAAGAUAUGCAACUAAGUCGAAACCGCGCCAUAUCUGAAGAUAGUGAAGCUAUCGAAGCAGCGACGCCGCAGACAGACACCGAAGCAAUGAGCCGAGAACCGGGGACCUCGGAAAAUAAUCCAAUCACGAUUCCGGAGGAUGACUCUGACAAGGGCAUGGAUACUGAGGACAUGGAUACUAAGGACAUGGAUACUAAGGACGAAGACAAGGUCGAUGAGCCAUCCGACAAUAUGAUCAUUAACAAUAAGGGACAGCCUAUUACCAAUAACAAUGUCUCCGACGACGACGAGGAAUCUGGGAAGCCACCCAGGAACAUGGUUGCUGAGGGCCAAUGCUAUCAGCUCUCAAGUUUCCGAAAUGAAUACCAGCCCACUACAGACCACGGUGGCUUUGAAGAGGAUAUGGAUGCUGAGGGCUCUGAGGAGGACAUGGAUGCUGAGGGCCCUGAAGAGGACGUGGAUGCUGAGGGCUCCGAAGAGGAUAUGGACGCUGCGGGUGGGGAACAGCCUAUUACAAACAACGAUGGCUCCGACAAGAACAUGGGUAUCAAGGACGGAGACGAGGCCAAUAACGCCAUCAAUGUCGAAAGCAACAGUGACCCCAGACGGCGUCGGCCGCGACAACGCUUGCCUGGUAUGGUUAAUUGGACAUCGCGAAAUUAG